UAAAAAUUAAAAAGACACAAAAAUGUUAUGUAAAUGAAAUAUUUUAAUUAUAGGGAUUAAAAAGUAAAUUCAUGAAACUAUAGAGAACAAAGAGUAUUUAAACCAUAAUUCUAAUAUCUGUUUCUACUUUCUAGUAGGAUUGCACCACAGAAUACUGGUGAUGGAUAAAAAGAAAAAUACAAAAUUAGCUGUCACCGGUGAUUCAAUUUUGUGAAAUUGGGAUUGUGUGUGUGUGAGAGAGAAAAUUGCAUGCUAAAAUGUGUUUUGGGUGUGGUUGCCUUGAAUCUGAGAUCUUCUUUGGCCAUUUUCCAUAUGGAUUUAAUAUAUUUGUUAUUUGGUUUUUAACCAAGCUCUGGGUUGUGUGAUCAUGUAAGUUGACUUGACUUCACCAAACAGCUGACCUCAUCUAGUGGGAUAACACUAUUGUUAUUUCUUUUCCUUUUGUGACAAAUCAACAGGAAUUGUUUAAAAUUUCAUAAAAGAAGGUAAUUUAUCCCAAACUUGUUCUGGAUAAUGAUUUUGAACUGUUCUCAUAAUUUUGGUCAGAUACAAAAGCCUGAUUCCCUGUGUACUGUUUUAGCUGUUUGAACUUUUGUACAACAGUUUCAACACAUUAUUGGAGGAUUAAGAAACAGGGGGAAGUCUUAAAGUGGUGGUAGUAUGCUUGUCCUAGUCUUAGUGUAUUACAAGUAUGCAUCUUCACUGUAAUGUGUCUUUGUUGUCAUGCUAACAUUGAAUGUGUUCAACUGAGCUCAUUCUAUCUUUUAAUAAUUGAGUGAAUAAGUGGAAUGGAAAAUACUUUACAAAAAGAUGUUGUAGAAAAUAAAUAGAUCAUAAAAAUCAACAUGACUGUGCCGAUAAAUAAUUAAUUUUUGGUGAAAGGCUAUAUUGAAAUAGUUUUCUGGUGAGCCGAUGAGCCGAACUGAUGUUAUUGACAGUUGAAGGGGGAGGAUUCUUCUCUUCUUCAGCUUCAGGGUAUAGUAAGGGUCUGAUCCUUCUCCUCUUGGGUCAGAGGAGUGAAGAUACACCCAUGAGAGUUUUUCCCUGGAAUCAGUUCCGGUUGGUAGGCCAAGAAUCUGACCACGAGCUCCAGCUGGCUUCCCGAAAGAACCGUCUCUCCAGUGGGUGUGCUUCCUUUGUUUGCUUUGGUCACACCUCUGCAACGCUUGACACUCCAUCUCAUCUUAAAGUAGGUCCUGCCAAACAUCAUGAUGUCUCUUCUGGAACACUGGUUUUCAACAAGGGCAACUAUCCUUCUGCUGAUGUAAAUGAUGAUAGUAGAAAGGUUGCACCUAAAAGCAGCUUAAAAAGACAAGAAAACAAAAAACCAGCUCCUGUUGGGGCUGCUACUGAACAUGAGGAAUCAGGUGGAAAGGGGAAUGAUGCUCCUUAUCAAACAGAGAAAAGGAAAGUGCAGUGGACAGAUGCUUGUGGUAGCGAGCUUGUUGAAAUACGAGAAUUUGAGACAAGCGAAGCAGAUGGGUCAGUUAAUGAAUUUAACAAUGGCAAAACUUGUUCCUGUGCUAUUAUGUAAAUUCACAUUCCAAGAGAUGAUGACACAGACCCAUUUAUGAGGUGUCAAAUUGUUGAUUGCUAACAUAUUCCAUCACGCAGCUUGAGGAAAAGGAGCAGAGGUUUUUCAGUUUAGUAGAGUUUUAAACACCAUCUCUUGCCUGAGCAAUCAUUUGUCUAUAAAUGCUUGCUGUGGCCUUCAAUUUUGUUCUUCUGCUUUUCAUAAAUUUGUUGUAUAAUCUUCGUAGUGUGAGUUCUUUGCCUUUCUUAAAUUUUAUAUAGCUCAAGCAAAGUUCUAGUUUUAUGCUCUGGCGUUAUCUAGAAAGAAGACAACACAGAUGUAAUAUUUUGUAGAGAAUCAGUGCUGUCUUGAUUUGUUAA